AUGCUGUUUCCACAUCUUGCGACGAUACUAACGGUGGCGUCAGGUGUUCUGGCGUCCAAGCUGAAGGAGUGGCCCAAGGUCGAGAGUCCCAUCAAAGGUCCUCUGAACUCGCUGUUCACCUCUCAAUGCGCCUCCGACAUCAACAACCAACUACAAGCCAUGUGGGACACCCUGAGCUCGAAACACAAAAAUUAUCUCACAGACGACAACAAGGAUCCCGUUUCGGUGCGAUUGUCACCCAAGGAAUACCAGCAGCUGUUGGAACAGCUUCGAGAGUGCUCCUCCGACGAUCCACAGGCGCUCUUGUUGCUGGCUGAACUGCUGACGUUUGGACACUACUCCGUUCGCCCACAAUACGCAGCCGGCUUUGCGGCCUACAAGCAGUAUGCCGAGCUCACGGGUGACCCCGCAGCGCAGUUCUUUGUGGGUUUGCUAUACAGCACUGGUUUGUUUGGACAAUGGCCCAGAGAUCAGGCACGGGCUACAUUAUACUACUCGUUCGCAGCCAAGGGAGGCGAUGUCCGGGCGCAGAUGGCAAUGAGCAACCGAAUCAACAACGGUAUUGGAAUGCCUCAGGACUGUGAUGCUGCUCUCAAGUACCUGCGACUGGCUGCUAACCAGACACUCAACUACUUUCUGGACGGACCUCCUGGAGGCAAGCAUCUGGGCCCCUCAUCGUGGCAUCUGGCAGACUCCAACUACGGGCUCUACGGAAAUCUGGGCAAGGAAACGUCCAUGUACGACGAGUAUGCUGAGGACUCGUCGGAGGAGAUUCUAGAAUACGCUGAGCACAUGCUGGAGGGCAAGGUGGCCGAGUACAAGUGGUCACUCAGUGAGUUCUUCUAUCGGGGCUCCCAGAACGUCGAGCCGGACCUCACUAAGUCCGCUCGACUCGCCCACGAGUGUGCUGGGCUAUUUUUCACAGAUCUUGACGCCAAGGAGGUGGCCCCGGCUCGAGAAUCACAAUGGUAUUCGGUGCGAUGUGCCACGCGGCUCGGGCAGAUGUACAUGCGGGGCGAGGGAGUGGAGCAAGACUACAAGCUCGCACACAAGUGGUUCCACAAGGCAUGGCAGGCAUCUGGAGGUCAGAUUGGAACAGCUGGAAAUGGACUCGGAUACAUUUACAGGCACGGGUUGGGGGUCAAGCAGAACACAGAGAAGGCCAUCCGGUACUUCCACAAGGCCGCUGAGCUGCAAAGCUUGCCUGCCCAUUACAAUCUGGGAGAAAUCCAGCUAGAACGGGGAGAUCACAAGGCAGCUCUGCGGUACUUUUCCGAGGCUGCCACUGUAAAUCUGCCAGCAAUGUAUGAGACUGGCGAGUACUAUUUCCGAGUUCGUGAGGACCCUGCUAUUGCUGAGGCUGUUGCUACAGUGGGUACUUACUCUGACGAACUGACUUGCUCAAAGACAUACAAGCACUUCAAGCUGUUCAACGAGCGAAUCUGCGGUAAUAAGUUCCCUCGGCGCUGGGCACUUCAGCAAUGGAACCUAGGCACCUUCCAUAAUGCAUUUGUUGGCUUUGUCAUCGAGGCUGAACAAGGCUCUGAGAAUGGUCAGUUCAACGCUGCCUACGUGGUCGACGAGUGUCUCAACUAUGACGACAACGGAGUUAUUUCCGAGAGUGACAAGCUCAGCGCUUUGGCCUACUGGACUCGGUCUUCCAUCCAGUCCAAUUUUGAGUCGACUCUACGAAUGGGUGACUACUACCUUUAUGGUAUUGGAACCAAGCCUGAUGCUGAGAAGGCUCAUGAGUGCUACACCGGUGCUGCUGAGCGGGGCAACCUCGGUUUGGCUCGUUGGAACCUGGGAUGGAUGCAUGAGCACGGAAUUGGUGUGUCUCAGGAUUAUCAUCUGGCCAAGCGGCACUACGACUCGGCCCUGGUGGCUAAUCCUGACGCCUAUCUGGCCGUCUAUCUAUCUCUGGCAAAGCUGCGAUUCAAGAUCAUUGCUAGUGCCAUCGGCGGCUUCCUGGGCUAUAAGAAGAAGACUGACACGCAGGUGAGCAUCAUUGGAGGCCCCAGCAACAAUGCCAAGUCCAACUUUGCGCGGUUCCGCAACAUGGUCAUUCGGUUCAACCGAAUCGGCGUUCUUGAUCUGGCUCUCCUUGGUUCCUUCAUUCUUGUGGUCUACCUGCUUUCCAAUCGCCAGGCUGUCAACCCCGAGAUUGCCAAUUUGCCUGAUGUGGACGAGGCACCUCGAGAUACUGCGGUAAACGCUCCACGAGAGGAGCCUGCCGAGCCCCAGCCUCUGCAUCGACCCCUAGGUCCUCAUCUUGGAGACCCUGAAGACGGAGCUUUCCCCAGUUAG